ACAGUAAGUUAUGCAGCGCGGGUUGGCAGUCUCAUUUGUAUACAAAAAAAACAGAGUUGACGUGGCCGCGGUGACCACAUAAAAUUCGCAUAUUUCAUCACAGCAGCGACUUAAAUUUUGCUAUUUAAAACAGCAGACGAACAAGUGCUAAUCGAACAAGCGAAAAUCGAAUUGGGAAUAUUAAUUAAACAUUAAAAAUGAGUUUGGUGUGGACUUUGAUCGCUGGAUUUCUCUACGCAGAGAUCGCAUUGGUCCUCUUGUUGGUCCUCCCGGUGGCGAGUCCCUAUAGAUGGAACCGCCUCUUCAAAUCCAAGUUCCUGGCCAUGUUGGCCCAGCAGGCACACAUAUAUUUCUUCUUAAUUAUGGGAGUCUUGGUGUUGUUCCUGCUGGAGGCCAUUCGCGAAAUGAGGAAAUACUCCAAUUACGAGCAAACUGGCGAGGUCCACUUGAACGUGGAGAUGCAGCACAGCAUGCGCUUGUUCCGGGCCCAAAGGAACUUCUACAUCUCCGGCUUCGCCAUUUUCCUGGUUCUGGUCAUCCGUCGUCUGGUGACCCUGGUUUCGGCCCAGGCGAAUCUCUUGGCCCAGAGCGAGGCCUCGAUGAAGCAGGCCCAAAGCGCCACGGCAGCCGCAAGGUCCUUGAUGGAGGACAAGAAGACCGAGAAGGCCAAGGAGGCCGGCGAGGACACCACUCUGAUUGAGCUCAACAAGCUGCGCGAGCGCGUCCAGGAGCUCACCAGUGACCUGAACCGCGAGAAGAAGGACAAGGAGGCGGUCAAGUCCCAGGCCGAGAGCCUGAAUCGCGAGUACGACCGACUCACCGAGGAAUAUAGCAAGCUGCAGAAGCAGAUCACCAUCGGUGGCGCCGGAAACAAGGAUGAUUAAGCUCAGUGGAACAGAGUCCAAAAUUUAAAUACCGAUAAGACUUAAAAUCAUGGCGGUGGGGCAGCGAAAGCAGGCACAUUUAAAAAAGAUUAUAUACGAUUUGAAAUCGAUAAAAAGCACACACAUCUUAAUGUUAAUCCUCAUACACACAACUUUACCCAUUGAUAACGAAUAUGGUUAUUGAUAGUGGCUUACCCCUUUCGUUCCUUUUGCCUGAAAUUUUUGUAUUUAAUUCAUAUGUGUUAAGUUUUGUUUGCCACAGUAACACACUCGAAAUGCGUCGUGGCUAUUAAAAGAACAACCAUAAAGUA